AUGGGCCUUAUUGAUCAUGCAUUGACACCGUCCAGAUACAGAGAGCCAAAAUUUCUCUUCUUCUCAUUUCCUUUUGCUGGGUUGUAUAUUCGUGAUAGAGUAUUUUCUGUUCAGAUCUUAGCACUAGUGGAGCCCGCGAUUUUCGUUUCAUUCCCCCCCCCCCCCCCCCCCCCCUUUCUCUUUCACUCUCUUUACUCUCCAUCUUCUCUCUACCAUCCCACCACCCGACUGCCCCACCCCCUCCUUAGACGGUCAACGCCGCAGCCACCGCCGUUUCGGACCAGCAAGCGUCGCCACCAGACGCCGCCGCUGUUUUCGACCAUCGUUCCAUAUUUUGAAGAUCAUGGUGUUAGAUUUACUCCGGUCAAAAAGAUUUUUGAGCUCUUUGAUGUAAAGCAAAAAGGAGUUAUCAAUUUUGAUGAUUUUGUUAGGGCACUUAAUGUUUUCCACCCAAAUGCCCCACAGGAAGAGAAGAUUGAUUUUUCAUUUAGGCUUUAUGAUAUGGAUGGCACGGGAUUCAUCGAGCGGCAAGAGGCUUCAUUAUCUGUGAUUUUGGCAGACUCAAAUCAGGACGGAAAGAUUGACAAAUCUGAAUGGCACAAUUUUGUGGGCCGAAAUCCUUCAUUAUUAAAGAUAAUGACUCUUUCGUAUCUAAGGAGUAUGAAGCUAUGAAGCAUCAAGUUGCUCAGCUAACAAGAACACUUAAUUCCUCGGAGGCUAGGAUGUUGGGUAUGCAAGCCCAAAUUAAUAGUUUAUGAUGGAUAUGUUUAAAUAGAUAUGUAUAUUAUCUUUAAGGGUUUGAAUGUAGUUUUAGUUUGAAUUAGAAGUACUUUUACGUUUAUGAUGUUUAAGUGUUUGAAUGUAGUUUUAAUUUUAGGUACUUUGAGGUUGAAUGGACAAUGUUUAAGUGUUCAAGUGUUUGAACAUUGUUUAUGGUU